GGGAGGGGCCAUUCCAAUUGGAUUUCACUCCAGCCACUUAGGGUUUUCCUUUCUUUCAAUUGCUGUACUUCUUUUUAUCUUUCUAUUCUUUGUUCAUGAAUUUGGAUUGUUUAGAAAAUGCUGAUAGGACAGCAGUCCACAAGAUGCUAGCCUAGAAGGUUAGGAUGGUUGCCCUAAUACCUUGGUGGCCUUACUUGCCAUCUCCUAUUGACAUUCCUUCAGUCUGGAUCGUCUUGAGGCUCCCGAGGCCCUGAAAUUCCGAACUAUGCAAUCCAUCCUCCUCUUUUAGUUCCGACUUGGUUUCAAUUUUUUUUUGAUCCAGCCACUCCCUGCGUGCUUGCUGUCCUGAUAGGUUGGUAUAUGAAGCUCUCAAGCACAAAGGAGAUGGGUCAGGACCAGACAAAGCAGCAGAUAGAAAAAGGACUCCAACUUUAUCAAUCCAACCAGACAGAAAAGGCCCUUCAAGUUUGGUUGAGGGUUUUGGAAAAGAGCACAGAUGCUGCUGGCAGGUUUCGAGUUCUGGGAUGUCUCAUCACUGCUCACUCGGAGAUGGGCAGGUACAAAGAUAUGCUGAAGUUUGCAGUUGUGCAGAUUGACACAGCCCGGGAGCUGGAGGACCCUGACUACCUUACAGAGAGCUACCUGAAUCUGGCACGGAGCAAUGAGAAGCUCUGUGAAUUCCAAAAAACCAUCUCCUAUUGUAAGACCUGUCUGAACAUGCAAGGCACCACAGUGAGCCUGCAACUGAAUGGCCAAGUCAGCCUCAGCAUGGGCAAUGCCUACCUUGGCCUCAGUAUCUUCCAGAAAGCUCUGGAGUGUUUUGAGAAAGCCCUGCGCUAUGCACACAACAAUGAUGACAAGAUGCUCGAAUGUCGUGUCUGUUGCAGCUUAGGAAAUUUCUACACCCACCUAAAGGACUACGAGAAAGCUCUGUUCUUCCCAUGCAAGGCAGCUGAGCUGGUGAACGAUUAUGGAAAGGGUUGGAGUCUGAAGUACCGUGCAAUGAGCCAGUUCUAUAUGGCCGUGGCCUAUCGCAACCUGGGACGCUUGGCGGAUGCUAUGGAGUGCUGCGAGGAGUCUAUGAAGAUUGCUCUUCAGCAUGGAGAUCGCCCUUUGCAGGCACAAUGCCUGCUCUGCUUUGCUGAUAUUCACCGCAGCCGUGCAGAUGUACAGACAGCUUUCCCCCGCUACGAUUCCUCAAUGAGCAUCAUGACAGAGAUUGGAAACCGGCUGGGACAGAUUCAGGUGCUGCUGGGUGUGGCCAAGUGCUGGUUAAUUCAGAAGGAACUGGACAAGGCACUAGAAAGCAUUGAGAAGGCUCAUGAGCUGGCAGAGGGACUAGGCCACAAGCUUGGUCUGCUGAAGAUUCACUGCUUGUGCGAAGCGAUCUAUCGCACAAAGGGGCAGCAGCGGGAGCUUCGCAACCAUGUGGUGAAAUUUCACGAAUGUGUUGAAGAAAUGGAGCUGUACUGCGGCAUGUGCGGCGAAUCCAUUGGAGACAAAAACCACCAGCUCCAGGCAUUGCCCUGUUCGCAUGUCUUCCACUUAAAGUGCCUCCAUACACAAGGUUGCCCCAAUUGCCGGCGCUCAUCAGUUAAACCUGGAUUUGUGUGAUCUGCUGAAUCCAUGAUUUAAGACAGUUCAGUUGACAGGCUCCAAAAAGCAGACCACUGGAGCAUUUCCGGUACACGAUACGGAGAGGGGGAAUCUGCUGUGUAUAGGCAGAAUAUCUCCUGCAGAAUGGAUGCAACAUGUGGGCCUAGAUCUCUACUACGAUGUUCCACACAUCUGAAUUGUGGAUGCCUACCAGGAGUUCUCUGGCAUCUCCUUCCACAAAGGCAGAUAACCACAACCGAUAUGUCACCUCUGCUCCUUCAAGGGAGUUGCUCAGUGUGGCCUCCCAUGAUCCCAGUCCUCUCAUUCUCAUGCUCUGCUACUUCUGGGUAGCUUCCAUCUGGGCCAGUUCCGCCACUCGCAGCCCACACCUUGUUUUUAUUCAUUUCUCAUGAGAAACAAAAUGAUCAUGACAACAAGAUGCUGUUUUCGUGGACUGACACAGCACUGUUUCCUUGUAGCUAUGGAGAGGCAGCAACCCUUUUCUUUAUAUUGCUGUAAGUUGCUUCCCCGGCACACAACCUUGUCAAGUUAAUCUGAAGACAUCGAUCUAUAGGCUGAUAUGACUUUAUUGAUUCCAGUAUAAAUAG